CCUCCCGCCAGUACCUCUGCUCCUGUAUCUGUUCUCAGACUGUCCCCCACAGACACCCGUCCCUCUUAAGGCCUCGCGCCCCCUUCCCCGUGGGCUUUUCGCCCCACCCCCUUCCGCACCUAGGGCUCCUACUUCCCGCUCCCUUAAGCCUCUCUCUCUUUCCCUCCCUGGACCUCGUCCCCUUCCCCAUUAAGACCUCGCUCUCUCUUCCCCUUUUUAAGGACUAGCGCCCUCCUUUUACUGAGGUCCCGCCCCCUCCUCGCGCGACCUUCCAGGUCCCAGUCCCCACGGGGCCUUGUGGCCCUUGUGCCCCCUCCCCAUCAUGGAGACAGAGCAGGGGACUGUGACUGUGAGCAAGACUUUCCAGGAGCACCUGCGGCAGCUGGGUCUGAACGAGUUCCCGUGCGGGUUGGGCAGCUGGAACAGAACUCGUUUUUCCUCUCAAAACUUGAAAUCGUGGAAAGGUUUAAUUCCUAAAAUGCCAGAUGAUGUUCCCCCUCAAGAGGAGACCAUAGAUGCCCUGUUGAGGCUGGUACAAAGUCCAAAGUCUCCCUGGGCUCAACUCAAGGAUGCAACCACGGAAGACCAAUACCUGAGAGAGCUUGCCAUCCACAACCCCCUCAUCAUCGAAGAUGACUUCUUGUUCUCCUAUUUCACAUCUCUCCGAGUAGUGGACAAGGGGGUCACCCUGAUUGAUGAGGACCUGCUGAAAUUCCAGAAGCUUGAAGAGCUGAUACUGAGUGCCAACCGAAUCAAGGAAGUAGAUCCCAUGAAUCUGCCCCCAACUCUUAAGGUUCUGGAGCUCUAUGGAAACCAGAUGACCAGUAUCCAGUGUCUGUGCUCGCACCCCCCUCCAGCCCUCCAGCACUUGGGCGUGGGCCACAACAGGCUUCUUGGCUACCUGGAAAGCCACUAUAUCACAGCCACUUACUGGCCCAACCUGGUCUCCCUGGACCUGGGCUACAAUGACCUGACGGAGCUGCGCUUCAUGAUUGCCGGUCUGUGUACCCUGUCGCAGCUGAGACUGCUGGUGCUUCAGGGAAACCCCCUGGCUCUGGUGCCCCAUUACCGGGGCUACACCGUGGACUGCCUGCCCCAGCUCAACGUGCUGGACGAUAUCACCGUGUCCCCUGAAGAGAGGCACCUGUUCCAGGGCCUCAGCUGCAAACUGGCGCUUGCAAAGGAAAAGGCCUAUUUAACCGUGACUCUGAAGAAAGUCUCCGGGGUUUUGGACUCCUCCGUCUUGGACGAAGAACCGGAGCUGGAAGGCCCUUACAUUGCUUAUAGCUACUAUGUGACGUAUAAUUUCGUGGAGGAUGAAAAAGAUGCUGGGAAGGAGUUUGCUAGUAAUAAGGAUGAGGUUAUGAAAUCCACAGAAAGUCCAUUACUGUCAACUGUGCUUUCCAGUGAGGAAAAUGAGACUGAAGAAGAUCCUCGGCUCAACCCAGCCCCAGGGUCAGUCCUCUUUAGCACAAUUCGAAAACCUUGGAGCAAUGUUAUCGAGUAUAAUUACAAGAUGAAACAUACUUUGAAAGACCUGAUACCCCUGAAGGCCUUCCUGUUGCUGGGAACCAACAUUACCAUAGUGGAGGAAAAGAAAGUUUCUUGGCAAAUUCUUCCUACUCCAGUGGAAAGUCCCCCAUCUAGCAAGAAAGGAAAAGGUGAGAAAGGCAAGAAGGGGAAGGGAAAAGAGAAAGAAAAAGAAAAAGAAAAAGAAAAAGAAAAAGAGAAAGAGAAAGAGAAAGAGAAAGAGAAAGACAAGGACAAGAAAAAGGGAAAAAAGGAAAACAAAGAAAAGGAAAAAGAAGCACCAAAAGAAAAAAAGUCAAGAAAAAAGGACUCGCCUAAGGAAUUUCGUCACGAUCCUCCCAUUCUCCGAGUCUUGGGAAGUCAACUGCUGAACCUGGAGCCCUUGCUCUCUGGGGAGACCCUGGUGAGCUCUCUAUGCAAUUUUGGGACAGUCCGUUCUGCUGAAACUGACAAGCUGACCUGGAUGAGGAACCAAAAGACCAAGAUCAAGAAGAAACCUGCUAAACGAAGGGCAAAAGAUCAAGACAAAAAGAAGGAGACGACGAUAUUUGAAGCGCCCGAUUACCGGCCAGAUCCCCUGACAUUGGAUUUUGAGAUCCAGUUGUGUCACUACAAGUCCCUAGUGGAAGCAAUGAAGUUGCCCUGCCCGUGAUCUUCUACCCCAUACUUUAUCCCUCUCGGACUUCGAUGGUAAAAAAAAAAAAAAUAAGGUUUGGUGAUAAAGGGUAGCUUUGGUUGCAGCAACUGGUUCCAAUGCAUCAUUUUUUAUUGCACAAUCAUAUACUGCAACUUGCUCAGCCGUCCCUCAGUUGAAGUAUCUUCUCAAUUUCCAGUUCUUUGCAAUCACAAAAAGAGCUGCUAUAAAUAUUUUUAGAUAUAUAGGUCCUUUUCCUUUUCCUUUGAUCUCACUGGGAUCCAGACCUAGUAGUGUUAUUGCUGGGUCAAAGGGUAUGCACAGUUUUAUAGUUCUUUUGGCAGAGUUCCAAAUUGUUCUGCAGAAUGGCUGAACUAGUUCAUAAUUCCACUAAUAAAGCAUUAGGAUCCCAGUUUUUCCACAUCCCUUCAAGCAUUUGUCACUUUCCUUUUCUGUCACGUUAGCCAAUCUGACAGGUGUGAGGUAGUAUCUCAGAGUUGUUUUGAUUUGUAUCAGUAGUCAUUUAGAGCAUUUUUUCAUAUGAUCAUUGAUAGCUUUGAUUUAUUCUUCUAAAACUUGCCUACUGAUCAUUUAUCAAUUGGGGAAUGGCUCAUAUUUUUAUAAAUUUGGCUCAUUUCCCUAACAUUUGAGAAUUGAGGUCUUUAUCAGAGGAACUUGCUCUAGAAUUCCCCUUUUGCCCCCACCCACUUUCCUCUUUUCCUUCUAAUUUUUUCCACAUUAAUUUGGCUUAUGUAAAACCUUUUUAAAAUUUCAUAAACUCAAAAUGAUUAAUUUUACUUCCUAUGUCUUGUUAGACCAUAAACUCUCUCAACUCAACAUUUUUUUUUUUUUUUGCUGAAGCAAUUGGGGUUAAGGGGUCAUACAGCUAGGAAGUAUUAAGUGUCUGAGGCUAAAUUUGAACUCAGGUCCUCCAGACUUCAGGGCUGGUGCUCUACUCACUACACUACCUAACUGCCCCUUUUACUCAACUUUCGAAGUGAUCUUUCUAAAGCUCAGAUCUGACCAUGUCACUCCCCACCCCAUUCAUUAAAUGAAUCUAACAUCUUGUUGAUUAUACAGUUUACAAAUCUCACUGAUGGAUUCUUUUCCCCCAGUUGCAUGUGAUUUUAUUACUUUGGCAAAUAACUCAAAAUUUUUACAUUCAAAGCAAAGGCUAUUCAUACUUCCAACUGGGUGGGAGAAUGUUUUUUGUCCUGUAACCCUAGGCCAGCCCAUCAAUUUGGUUCUCAUUGGAAAUCAAACAGGAUUUAGAAUCCUAUUAUUUCUGUUGAACUAAACAUGCUUUUGAGUAAUGACAGUUUUCUUGAUCAAAUAAUAAAGCUUUUCAGAAUAUUCGGAAGAUUAUCGGCGGGUAACCAGGUAGUUCAGAAUUCUCAAUUUUUCAUUGCCAAUUACACAGUACAUUCAUCUUCCACCAAAGGAAGUCUCUCAUGAUGCUCCCAUCCAUGAGGGAGUCAGGCCCCUCGUAGUCAGCCUCCAAAUCUGCUUCUUCCUAAGAACUUCAGCCAUGGGAGGUUGGCUGAACAGAAUGACCUGAGCAUUCAUGUGACCCAAGAUGACAAUGGUUUGUCAAUAGGAGGAACUGAAAUGCCCUACCGCUGAACUUGCACACAGACCCAGUCACAAGGUUGGAUGGGACAGCAAGAUCCUUUGGCAAGAGAAGUUCAUCUGUUUAUGAAAUUUGACACAUUUCUGAUGAAACAUUCUAUCUGUGGGAUGGGUGCCAGCGAGAAGUUGAGAAUGAAAUCAAGAGUUUCAGGCUUGGGUCACUGGAAGAAUGUUACUUCCCUUGACAGUUCAUCGAGAAGAAGAGAAAAUUUGGGGGAAAGAGAAUGAGUUUUGCUUUGGAUAUGCUAGUUGAAGAUGCUUACAAGACAUCAAGAGUUCCAAUAAGCAGUAGACUUGUGAUGGAGAGAACCAUCUCCAUCCAGAGAGAGGACUGUGAGAACGGAGUGUGGAUUAUAACACAGCAUUUUCACUGUUUCUGUUGUUGUUUGCUGGCAUUUUGUUUUCUUUCUCAUUGUUUUCCUUUUUGACCUGAUUUUCCUUAUACAGCAAGAUAACAGUAUAAAUAUGUACAGAAGAAUUGCACAUGUUUAACAGAUAUUGGAUUACUUGCCAUCUAGGGGAAGGGUAAUGGGAAGUAGGGAAAAUUUGGAACACAAGUUUUGUAAGGGUUGAUGUUGAAAAACUAUACAUGCGUAUAUUUUGAAAAUAAAAAGAUUUAAUUAAAAAAAAGAUUUCCAAUGAGCAUUGGUGAUGCAGGCCUGGAGUUCAGAAGAGAAAAUAAGUCUCUAGGAAUAGAUCUAGGAAUCAUCUGCGUAAACAUAAUUUAACCAGUAGGAACUAAUAAGAUCACCAGGCAAUAUAGUUUUGAUAGUAUACUGUAUCCUCCUUCCUUUUUUUAUGUUUGAAUUGGUAACUUCUUUCCUCCAAUUCUCUCCCUUAACAAAUAAAAAUCCCCUCCAUUUCAACAAGUCAACAAUCAUACAAAACAAACAUAGCUCAUGCCCGAAAACAUAAGUCUCAUUCGAUACCUCUUUAGUCCGUCACCUACCUGUCAAGGAUGGGAGGCGUGCUUCAUUCUUCAAGCUCUGGAUCAGUCAUUGCAUUGAUCAGACAGAAUUCUUUAAAAAAAAUUGCAUCCAUUUUCAGGCCAUGUGAACAACAACAAAAAAAGGACCAGAUAUUUUCUUCAAUCCCUCAAACUCUCAGACCUCCCCAAAACAGAAAUUCCUGACCAAAGAUAAAGCAACUUCAGCUGUUGGAACACCAAGAGUCUGAAACAAGGUAAGAAGAAAAACCAAGAAUCCCUAACCCUCAGACUAACACUAACUGACACUGAGCUCAAGCAGAACCCUUCCCUCAACCUCUUCUUCUAUGGGCAGGAAGGCCACACUAGCAGACCCAAGGACUCAACAAAGGCUUCUAUGAAAACUCACCCCUACGUCCGCCAUCUUUUUGGUGCCAUGGAGCCCCCAGCUCUAGGCUAUGAAAGUUUUCUUGGGUUAAGUCACAACUCUUUGGUAGAAAAAGCCUGCCAGGGUUAGAACUUGGAAGCACCAAUGCUGGAAAGCUCUGAAGUGCUGAUAGCUCUAAACUGCCAGUUCUGGGUCAAGAAAUUAAGGAACAGAAGUAGGAUAAAUCACCAAGAAAGGACAUUAUGUAUAUGGCAAGCUGAGGUAGUCAGAACUGGCUACCCAAAAGUGAGCUGGGGAAGACCCUAGAAGCUGGUGAACUGUGAAUUGCUUGGUGUAGGAGGAGGCCACGGAAACAUUUUGAGAUCCAGCCCCCCAAAAAAACUACAAUCAGAAGAGAGAAGGAAGUCAGUAAAUGAGCAAAUGAAACUGGAAGUAUCAAAAAUCCAAGAAGUAAUCUCAAAGAUCUUGAACAAGAAAAACAGCAAUAAAAGAAAAAAUGAUCUCUAACUCUAGUAAAUGUGAAUAAAAUACAGAAUGAAAGAAAAAAUCCAGCAUUUGAUAAAAGGACCUGUAGAAGUUGAGAACAUGGAACUACAACACGCUAUUAUAACAAGUGAUUUAAAAGAGAAAUGAGACUUAUGAGAGCAGAAUUUAUGUCUUGUAAAGUAAAAAAAGGAAUGAGCAAAAUGGAAAAACUUGAAUAGUUAAUGGCACACCUCAUCAAAGAAAUGAGAGAAGACUAGAUUGAAUGUGCAAAUACACAAAAGUAAAAGACAAUCUAGAAGAUAAGCAAAAAAUAUUUAAAAUAUUAUGUAAAUAAAACAUAGAUCAUGAAGAUAGGAUGUCAAGACAAAAAAUAUAUGUAUUUUUUUGCUGAGGCAAUUGGGGUUAAGUGACUUGCACAGGGUCACACAGCUAGGAAGUGUUAAGUGUCUGAGGCAAGAUUUGAACUCAAUCCUCCUGACUUCAGAGUGGUGCUCUAUCCACUGUGCCACCUAGCUGCCCCCCAAAAUAU